UCACCCACAAACAAACAGUGUGCAAAGCCUACCUUAAUAUGGUUCUCAAUCAGAGGAAACGUAAAACACCUGCCCCUGAUUGAGAACCAUAUCAGGCUAAUUGAAAAGAACCCAACAUAGAAACACAUAACAUAGAAUGCCCACCCAGCUCACGUCCUGACCAUACUAAACAAAGACAAAAUAAAGGAAAUAAGGUCAGGAACGUGACAGGUUAAUAUCAUUAGAAGGUGCUCUGACCAGUUCCGACAUUAGCCAUUGUCAUUCAUUAAGGUUGUUUCCCUGAUUUUGAAUCUGUUCAUUGGAACAAACAUGCCAUUGAAAAAGAAGGCUUUUCAAAUAUGUUUUUUUUUUACACUUCUCGCAGAUCUUAACAAGCUGUCAUACCAACACAGAACACACCACAAAACACCUCACGAACAUGAAAAUGCACAUUUGUACCUGAACAUCUGAAUGCUGACUCAUCUGUCAGAGAAAUGUAACUAAAACUAUGUCACUUCUUUAGGGACUUUGGUAUCAUUGACAGCUUCUGAAAAACCUGUAUUCUUCUGUAUCCUUCAAGUGAAACUGUUAUAUGACUUCAUGCUCUUGGGGAAUUCUUCAGUGGAUGAGCACUGUGCUCUUCAUUAUUUUGUAGUGAAAGAAGAUUUUGCUUGUCUCUAUUUUGUCUCCCAGUUAAAGUGUGUCCUGUUACCCCUGUGUGAUAGGCCUUAUGUUCCUUCUAUGGUCAUCUGUUCCAGCUCAAAUCAGAGAGUUACGUGCUCCUCUGUCUAACCUUCUCCAUGGUCCAGCUCUGUGACAAUUCAGAUGACAUGGUUUAACUCAUUCACACAGACGCCUUUGUGAUGCUGCGCCUUUGAUCCACAAUGACUUGACAGAAAACAUAUUAUGAAAAAUGUUUUUCAAUGACAUCCAACAUUUGUUUUCCUUGACUUACAAAUAGCUUGUUUAAGAAAGAGGAAGCACUUACCUAGUGGUGAUCUCCAGGAGUUAGGGGAGGGAAAAGACAGACUAACUCAAUCUUAAUUAGUAAGGAUCUCAGACACAGAUUUAAGGGGAAUGUUCCUGCACUGGAUGACAAACGAGCAGGGAGCUUUAAUUUGUGUUUCUCUGUAACACUGGGGACUGGCUGAUAAAACAUUUGUGAGAACAGAGAAGGAAGGAAAAAAACUAAAACAAGGGAAAAAACGAUUUCAUCAUAGACAGACAUGAUCUCCUCCACAGUGUUGUUCUAUGGGAACUACGUGCUGUGCCUGUGUCUGGGACUGCUGUGUGUGGUGUUUGUCAGUUACUGGAACAUCGAGUGGCGUGGUGGCUUUGCCUGGGAUGCGUCCUUUCUGCAGUUCAACUGGCAUCCCGUGCUCAUGGUGACUGGCCUGGUAGUCCUGUAUGGGAACGCGGCUAUCCUAUACCGCAUCCCCUUUACCUGGAGUCAGAGGAAGCAGCGCUGGAAGCUGGUGCACGCUGCUCUGCUGCUGUCCUCCCUGCUCCUGUCCAUCCUUGGGCUGUGUGCUGUGUUUGACUUCCACACAGGCUACCACAUCCCCAACCUGUAUUCCCUCCACAGCUGGGUGGGCAUCUGCACCGUAGUCCUGUUCACUGCCCAGUGGGUCCUUGGCCUGGUUGGUUUCCUGUCUCCCUGCUCUCCCCUCGGGUUCCGUAAGCUCCUGAAACCAGUUCACGCCUGGAUGGGCAUGGCCAUCUUUAUCCUCAGCCUGGCUUCCUGUCUCUCUGGCAUCAACGAAAAACUGCUCCUUACUCUCAACGGCAACAGCAACAGCACCGCAGCCUAUUCCUCACAUCCUGCAGAGGCCUUGUUUGCUAACUUCCUGGGUGUCCUGAUCGUGGCCUUUGGAUUGGUGGUCCUUGGAAUCCUAUCCAACCAGAGGUGGAAAAGGCUGGAGCCAGGGCAGGAGAGCUCUAGAUCAUUGCUUCCGGAGGACAACUGAAGAAGUAGAAGACCUUGGUGUCCUCUUCUUCUCCCUGCCCUUUUCUAUUUUUGGAUAAUGGAUCAAUUGGAGACAAAGAACACUCUGAUGUUCCCUCCUGUGUCUCAGAAUACCAGCUGUGGUAGUAGUUACACGUGACAUGAUGACAUGAUGACUGACAUGCAAUAUUUUUACUCUAUACUGUCUAUAGUAUAUGGGAGACUAUGUGCAUUAAAGCCUUAUUGUGUGGUACAAGCCUUAUAGAAAAGUUUGUGGUCAUACACACAUCCUUAAAAACAUAGGUGUUGGGCUAAUGAAGAAUACUAGUAUAGAACAAUAAUUCACCACUUUAUUGACAACGUUUUGAUCCAAAACGAAUUUUUGUCAGGUAAAAACAAUACUGAGUGCACACAUCCCAAAAUAUACACAUUUCACCUCAUGUGACCAUUGUCGACAUGACGCAUGGUGGGUGCAAAAACAAUGUGUGUCUCCAAUAAUGUAAUAACUAUCACAUGUCACGUAAGACCCAGAUGCAGACAACAUCGAAGGAACAACAGGUCUAUAUACGAAAUGGUCUAUAGGCCCUAUACCAUACAAUUAUUAGGCUGUACUAAUGCAUAGUCCAUUAUUUUUUUUAUUUUUUUUUUUGUAUUUUUUUUUUGGGGGGGGGUGGAUCAGCUUAAUAUUGCGGAAAGAAUGUUGCUUCCAAUGUAAUUGUCUGCAUCAUUUCCAAUCCCCCAUAUUUUUGGGGGUAAAUAUAUAUAUCCAUUCACGUAUGCAUACAUAUACACAUAUAUACAUACACAUACCUACAUAGACAUACAUACCUUUUUUAAAGAGUAUACCUUUAUUAUUAUUCCCUGCAAACCCUACCACCGAUCCCCCAAUUGGAGUAAACUGAUAAACAUUUCUGUUUUUACCUUCAAUUUAUACAUCUUAUACACAUUUUACAGACACAGUCUACUUUAUAAUAGUUCUCUCUUGUUUGUUCUUAGUCCUUCCUCUAUUUCUGUUGUCCAUCCAGUUUGAUUUCCACUUGUAACUGUGCUAUUUCACAAUAGCUCCGCACCUAUACACAUUUCACAGAUCCCGUAUGCCCUACAUUGUUUAUCUUGUUAUUAGUCCCACCCUUCAGCUCCACUCAACCUUUCCCAUCUAUCUUCCAACAUCAUCCAUUUCGGAUUUUUAUUUGCCAUAUAUUUUUCAACUGCGCUGUGAUGCUUCACAAAAGAUUUGAAACUUCCUAUUCUCAUAGCUUCCACGGAUUGUAAAUUAAAAAUAAACAUUUUUGCUAAAAUAAUUAUUAUAUUAUUGAUUGAUUGACUAUGGCUUUUCAAAUCCCCCAGUAUUGCUAUCUGUACCAUACAAUUAUUAGGCUGUACUACUGCAUAGUCCAUUCUUAAAAGCUCUCUUAGGGCUUGGAUGCCGCUAGCGGGAUCAAAAUCGAAAACAUCCGGUGAAGCUAGAGCGCGCCAAAUUCAAAUUACAAAAUUUUUAUAUUUGUAACGGUAGUCCUCCUCCUCUUCAACCGAAAAGGAGGAGUAGUGAUGGAACCAAGGCGCAGCGGGUUGUGAACACAUAAUUUAUUUGAAGACAAGACGAAAAAACACGAACUUCACUAUAACUAACAAAACAACAAACGGAGUAGACAGACCUGGACGACGAACUUACAUUAACGCUAAGAACGCACAAACAGGGAAAAAUAGACUACACAAAAUGACGAUGUACAAAAACAAACCGAACAGUCCCGUAUGGUGCGACAAACACUGACACAGGAGACAACCACCAACAACGAACACUGUGAAACAACCUACCUAAAUAUGACUCUCAAUUAGAGGAACGCCAAACACCUGCCUCUAAUUAAGAGCCAUACCAGGCAACCCUUAAACCAACAUAGAAACAGAAAACAUAGAAUGCCCACCCAAACUCACGUCCUGACCAACUAACACAUACAACAAACUAACAGAAAUAGGUCAGGAACGUGACAAUAUUAAACAUUCAUGAACAUACAAGUGUCUUACAUAAUUUAAAAGCUUAACUUCUUGUUAAUCCAACAUGGUUAUGGGUUUACAAAAAAUCUGUACCAUGUCAGAUAUAGAGUUGUCAGAUUUCAAAAAGGCUUUACGGUGAAAGCAUACCAUGCGAUUAUCUGAGGACAGCGCCCCACAUCAAAAUACUUUUUCAACCAGCUUGACAAAAAAUCCCAAUAGCGAUAAAAUAAAUCACUUACCUUUGAAGAUCUUCCUCUGUUUGCAAUCCCAAGGGUCCCAGCUACACAAUGAAUGUUCGUUUUGUUCGAUAAAGUCUUUCUUUAUAUCCAAAAAGUCAGUUAGGUUGGUGCCAUUGAUUUCAGUAAUCCAAUCCUUCAACAUGCAUACAAAGGAAUCCAAAAAGAUACCGGUAAACUUCAUCCAAACAAGUCAAAUGACGUUUCUCAUCAAUCCUCAGGUACCCUAAUAUGUAAAUAAAUUAUAAUAUUUCAGACGGAAAGAACGGUGUUCAAUAGAAAAGGAAAAUAACGAAGAGCGCGCCCUCAUUCAUGAGCGUCAAAAGUCUACCUGUCCUGAUGAGAACACAACUACUUGUUUGUUUUUUAAGAAACAAGCCUGAAACCCUGUCUAAAGACUGUUGACAUCUAGUGGAAGCUAUAGGAACUGCAAUCUGGGAGCUAAUUUUUUGUUUAUCCCAUAGGCCUGCAUUGAAAAGGCCUGUGACCUCAAAAUAUUUUUCUGAUGGAUUUUCCUCUGGUUUUUGCCUGCCAUAUCAGUUCUGUUAUACUCACAGACAUUAUUUUAACAGUUUUGGAAACGUCAGAGUGUUUUCUAUCCAAUGCAACCAUUGCAUAUCCUAGCUUCUAGGCCUGAGUAACAGGCAGUUUACUUUGGGAACGUCAGUCAUCCGGAAAUUCAGCAUACUGCCCCUAGCCCCAAGAGGCUGAUUUGAUCAUGCCUGAUCCUGCUCUCUCUGUUAAAACUGUAUCAUAAUAAUGUACUAAAAACACUAUCCUGUGAAAAUGUUUUGUGUUUUGUGUAAAGUUUAAUAAAGUUGCCAUA